AUGGAGGAGUGGGCGGAGGGAGGGUUCGAAUCGGAUAAGGUCCUGGGGUCCUUUCAAACCUUCGCGAGCUGUUGCCGAUUUGUGGUGUGGCCGGCUGGCCGGGGGGGGGUUUCUUUGCUUUCCCUUCUUUUCACUUUUGUUACACCCGCCAUUUCGGCCCCCAAGGGGUUUGCUUCUUUAGACUCCUCUGCACCAUCCCCCAGUGUUUGCCGGGAUUUAGCUCAUAUCCCGACGCCCGUCCUGAGUGUCAGCCGCCCCGGCAAGGCAAUGAAUGUAUGGACUGCCACAUUCCUCAACUGCCGGGCCAGUGGGUCCGAAAGGGCGUAUGAGUGCGUCCAAACACUGAUGAUGAGAUCGAAAGGGUGCUUCUGGCCAAGAGGCUAG